AAUUCAGCACACUUCCUCUGCUUGGGUAAUAAGUGGAUUAAAACCAAAUCGACACUGCAAGGGUCGGUCAUAUUGACUGGGUAUCUGCCCUCAGUCUGGUCCCAUCUGGUUGGAGUGGGAACACCCAUUCUACGUGUGUCAGCGCGUCAAGCGGCUUUGUGCUUUGAGCUAAACGGAGUCGUCAAGAAAAAUGGUGAAGGCUCUAUAAAAACAACAAGAUAUUCAACGUCCUUUGCUGCACUGAGCAGAUAGUUUCUCCAGAGUCGAGAAUGGGAAGUUGAAGGAAAUGUAGCUAAUACAGGAGAAAAUAAAUUGGAAAAAUCACCGAACCCAAGAACUGUGACCGACUGUCUCCGGGAUCUGAAAAUGCGGCGCAGAGCGACUGAUGUGGCUUUAGAGAUGCUAGGCUGCGGUACCCUGCGACUCGCUCGUCCCGGGGUGACGAGUAUUUUGCCAUCAUCUGCUAAGAAAAUAACCAACAAUCAGUUCUUGUUUGGCUUCGGUGUAAACCAAAGGUUUCGGUCCACGUCCUCCAUACAUGGAUAUUCCGAACUGGCCAGGGAGAGAUCUAAAGCCGUGACCUCCUUUUACAGUCAGUCGGCAAUAGAUACAUCGGCGGAGAAGCCCUCUGUGAGACUGACCCCAUUCUCCAUGCUGUAUUCUGGGAAGUCAGCAGAUGGACAUCACAUCCUGAGCAGUGCCAAGUACCUGCACAAAGAGCUCCCGGUGCGCAUAGCCCACCGCAUCAAAGGCUUCCGCAGCCUCCCCUUCAUCAUCGGCUGCAACCCCACCAUCCUGCAGGUGCACGAGCUGUACAUCCGGGCGUACUACAUGCUCAGCGAGUUUCCAGCGAUUAAGGACCGUGAGACCGAAGCCCAGUACAGCAAGCUGGUGCGGCAGCUCCUGGACGAUCACAAGGAUGUGGUCACCAUGCUGGCCCAGGGCCUGCGGGAGAGCCGCAGGCACAUCCAGGAUGAGAUGCUGCUGCGUAAUUUCCUGGACACCACACUGACCUCACGACUGGGUAUCCGGAUGUUGGCUACGCAUCACCUCUCUCUGCACGAGGACAAUCCUGACUAUGUGGGAAUAAUCUGCAGACGCCUUUCCCCAAAAAAGAUCAUCGAGAAAUGGGUGGUUUUCGCCCGGCGUCUCUGUGAGCACCAGUACGGGAACUCCCCGCUGGUGCGGAUCAACGGACAUGUGGCGGCACGAUUCCCCUUCAUCCCCCUGCCACUCGACUACAUCUUGCCUGAGCUGCUCAAGAACGCCAUGAGGGCGACCAUGGAGAGUCACCUGGAGACCCCCUACAAUGUGCCUGACGUGGUGGUCACCAUCGCUAACAACGAGACCGACUUUGUCAUUCGGAUCUCUGACCGGGGCGGGGGUGUCCCCCAUGCCAUCCUGGACAAGGUGAUGGACUACCACUUCAGCACGGCCGAAGAGAGCACGCAGGACCCGCGCGUCAGCAACCUGUUCGACACCAUGACCAACAGCGGGCCGCAGGCCGGCCCCAUGCACGGGUUUGGCUUCGGUCUGCCCACCUCCCGGGCGUACGCGGAGUACCUGGGCGGCUCCCUCACCGUGCAGUCCCUGCAGGGCGUCGGCACGGACGUGUACCUGCGUCUGCGCCACAUCGACGGCAAGGGCGAGAGCUUCCGUAUCUGAGGCUCCGUCCAUGCUCCCCCAGACCCCCGCCGUCCGGCCUGAGGGGAACCCUGCAUCGGCCUGGAGCCCACGUCCAGACAGGCUCUCACCAAACCCCCGCAACUGGGGAAUCGCUUCUCUUCUGACCUGGUGUCAAGCGACUCAUUUAUGUCCUUUUUUUUUCUUUUCUUUUUUUAUAAAUAUCUGUCCAUUUCAUGGCUGUGGUGGUACAGAGGGACAAGGCUGUAGUUUUGUGUUAUUCCCUUGCCUUAAGGAUGCAGGUCCCCCCUCAUGAACCAUUAUUCUCCCAAGUCCUUUUGAAAUUACACCUCACCUUUACGCACCAUCCAGCCGGAAGAGUGAUCUGUGUGUUAAUCAUCAGUGUGUUAAUCAUCAGUGUGUUAAUCAUCAGUGUGCUCAUUCUAGCGCUGUGUCCUCUUUGUUGUGCUGUGAGAUCAGCACUGGGCAUGCUGAAGGUCUGAAAGGCUUUUAGUGUUUGUUGGCUGUGGGUUGCCUUCAUACACAGUCAGCUUCAUUAUGAACUGUAAAAGUAGCCAUAAAAUGGCCGCUCUGGAGUGAUUCGUUCAGCUCAAGGUAACAAGGUUACCGUAAAGACAUAAACUGCCUUUUUGUUAAAACGUGCUUUGAAAGAAAACAGAAAAGCAGUGCAUGGACAACUCCUGCUUGCCUCCAGUACCAGGGAAGCCUGUUUUUAAGUAUGUAGGUAUGCUCAUAUUUUCGUUGGUAAUUAGGGUCAGUCAUGGUAUCGUGAGGGUAGUUGAAGAAUGAUCUCAAAUGGCAUCGAUAACCGAACAAAGCCAUUGACCAAUAUUUAUUACAUUUAUUGAUUUUAGUUUAGUUCGUUUUAUUGUAACCACUUAAACCUGACCAUUCAUUUCUUAAUAGUCAUGCAUUUUUUUACUGUAGUUACAACCACAGUUUUUGCAACCUAUGAUGUCGGCCAUUAAUGUCCGGUCAUGAAACAGAUGGAACAGAUUUCAUUUCUCUGGUGUGAUACUGAACUGAACUCGAAGAAGAAAGCCUGAACCUCUCUUGGUGCAUAUGCAGUGCAUGAACAGUAACUGUAAUUUAUGAAUGCUCGGGACCAUAAUGUAUAGUAUUGAUGUUCAUCAUUCCAACUGUCCAUUUCAAACAAGCAUUACAAUGAAACAUGGUCUAUGUGCCCUUAUUUUCAGCUUUAUUUACUUGUCUUAUUUUGUGUGUGUGGGUGUCCGUCUGCCUAGCGGUGCUUAAAACAUCGAAAUUAAUUGUAAUCCUUAGAUUAAAAAAACAUUGGCAGUUAAUCAAAUUUUUUCACAUUUUCACCUUAAAUCCUUUUUAUUUUUAAGUCCUUAAGAAGUUAAGUGCAAUAAAUUCAGUAGUUCUAGUCCAAGUUCCUGUUUAGCUGAGCUUUACAGCUGUGCUGGUAUGUUUUGUGGUGAAACAAUGCAUCAAGGCUUGUGUUUUCAGAACACAUCAUCUGUUCACUUCAUAAUGUACUUCUGCUUUGAAAACAGUAAAGGAGGGGGAAAAAGGGGAGACAAUUUUUGCAUUAAAACUUGAAUUUAACAUAGUUAGAGGUUAUUCAAGUGCUAUUAGUAAGUACAAUUAUUUGUAGGUGCCAUGGGAAGACAACCUUCAUAGUGAUACAUUUAUUUAUUAUGUUACAUUAUAUUAUAUUAAAAAUAAAUGAAAUGGUCAGGUACUGAUCACUUUAGACCGGGGCAGUUGUAAGCCUGAAAUGCUCUAUUUGACCUGUAGAGGGCAUUAAAGGCAGGUUGGAAUGCUCACUGGAACUGAUUUUUUAAAUUCAUAUUUCAUUUGGAAAAACCAGAUGUGAAAAUACUGUUGCAAAUGACAGCUAAUGAUUGUGAUGGAAGACAAAAAACAUUGUUGAACAACAGUUCAGAAUGCAACACUGCCUUGUAUUUCUCUUGGGUAUUACCACACUGAAUGAGACUUUCACCAAAUAUUUUACCUUUAGCAAAAGGAUACAGUUACUGAAUUCAAUGUAUUGCCUUUUCAUGUUCAUGUUGAAUUUACAUGGGGAAAAUACUGCCCUCUUCUGUGAAAUUUUACCACAGAGAGUGAUGUUCAAAGCAUUUUGCAUUGUCUUAUAAACAUUAAGGCCUUUGGUCUGUGUUAUUGUGUACUCUCUGUCUCACUCCAACUUUGUAGUUUUCAAAUCACUGUUUUUUUUAUUUAUUUCUACAAUACAAUUCAGGGAACUGUUUGUUGUGAGGCAUUAUUUUAAGUUGCAUGAGUUCUCACAUUGAAAUGGACAAGUCCGACAUGUUUGUACACAUACAAACGAAUAAAACAUUCAUUGCAUUCAUUGGAAA